AUGAACGAUGGUAAUGGCAACAGAGAUGGAGAUGGUCCAACGGUAGGUUCGAUCAAUGGUGGUGAUGGCAAUGGAGAUGGAGAUGGUCCAUUGGAAGGUGCAAUUAAUGUUGGUGAUGGCAAUGGAAAUGGAGAUGGACCAUCAGUAGGUGCAAUCAAUGGCGGUGAUGAUAAUGGAGAUGGUGCAUCGGUAGGUUCAAUCAAUGGUGGUGAUGACAAUGGAGAUGGUCCAUCAGUAGGUUCAAUCAAUGGUGGUGAUGGCAAUGGGGAUGAAGAUGGUCCAUCGGUAGGUUCAAUCAAUGUUGGUGACGGAGAUGGAGAUGGUCCAUCUGUAGGUGCAAUCAAUGGUGGAUAUGGCAAUGGAGAUGAAGAUGGAGAUGGUCCAUCACUAGGUUCAAUCAAUGGUGGAGAUGGCAAUGGAGAUGGUCCUUCGGUAGGUUCAAUCAAUGGUGGUGAUGGCGAUGGAGAUAGUACAACGGUAGGUUCAAUCAAUGGUGGUGAUGGCAAUGAAGAUGGAGAUGGUUCAUCGGUAGGUUCAAUCAAUGGUGGUGAUGGCGAUGGAGAUGGUCCAGCGGUAGGUUCAAUCAAUGGUGGUGAUGGCAAUGGAGAUGGAGAUGGUCCAUUGGUAGGUUUAAUCAAUGGUGGUGAUGGCAGUGGAGAUGGUCCAUUGGUAGGUGAAAUCAAUAGUGGUGAUGGCAAUGGAGAUGGAGAUGGAGAUGGAGAUGGUCCAUCGGUAGGUUCAAUAAAUGGCAAUGGAGAUGGUCCAUCAGUAGGUGCAAUCGAUGGUGGUGAUGUCAAUGGAGAUGGUACAUUAGUAGGUGAAAUCAAUGGUGGUGAUGGCAAUGAAGAUGGUACAUCAGUAGGUGAAAUCAAUGGUGGUGAUGGCAAUGGAGAUGGAGAUGGAGAUGGUUCAUCGAUAGGUUCAAUCAAUGGUGGUAAUGGAAAUGGAGAUGGUCCAUCAGUAGGUUCAAUCAAUGGUGGUGAUGGCAAUGGUGAUGGAGAUGGUGAUUGUCCAUUAGUACGUUCAAUCAGUGGUGGUGAUGGCAAUGGAGAUGGUCCAUCAAUAGGUGCAAUCAAUGGUGGUGAUGGAAAUGGAGAUGGUGGUGGAGAUGGCCCAUUAAUAGGUGCAAUCAGUGGUGGUGAUGGAAACGGAGAUGGAGAUGGUUCCUCGACAGGUGUAAUCAAUGGGGGUGACGACGAUGGAGAUGGAAGUGGUGGUGGAGGAGAAUGGAUUGGUGGUGGUGGAUUAUGGUAA